GACAGCCCAGUGGGGCUGUCUUGUAACUGCAGUUAUAAGACAGUCUGCAGAAGGAGUGGAUGCAGGAUACUCUGUUCACCAUAAACUAUGAAAUUAUGUAAAAAAAUGAUGUGGUUACUUAGAAUUACCCUUUAGCAGUGGCCGUAUAGCUUCAAUUUCUGGCCAUUAAACAUGAAAGCAGAUCAGUGGCCGUUUAUAGCUCUGCAGAGAUUGUAGAAAUGUGCCUCAGCCACAACCCACACCCAAGUCCUACACCCUGUUGCAUUCCUGAAAUGAUGCAAUAAGCAGUCAGUUGACAGAAGGGAGAAAGAUCGCAAGUAAGUUCCUCUCUCAUCCUCCAACCUAAUGUGCUGCCACCUAAAAGAUGAUGUAUUGAUUUCAUAACCUAACUGUGUCUUAACAAAAAAACUGCUAGCAGUAGGUGCCUUGGCGCUUCACAAAAUCACUUCUAGUGGAUGUGUGCAAAUGUAGGUGUGUCUCCAACACUUUACAAGUGCAAACAACAAGCAGUAGAACUAUUAUAACUAGAUAAAUAUUCGUUACUAACUGUGAUUUAAAUCUGAGAAUGUAACUAUGUGAGCUGGUAACCCGUCCAUUUUUAGAGAUCACUUAAUCAAGGCAGGCAAUUUUUGACCUGACUAGUAGCAUAAUAGUAGCUUGCUUGAAGAGUUUACAGUAAAAUCCUAUUUGUUCGAAGUCACAGCUGGAGGAGAGAAACAGGACUUGGGAUUGUGAAUCCUGUUUUCACUUAUUAUUACAGCAGUCCAAGAACUCCAUUUAUACGAGUUACACAAGUGCUGCAAAGUAUUUUGGGAUCAAAGAGGUCAGAUGACCAAAGAAUGGUUCUGUUAGUCUGUCCAGUAAAUGUGGGAUCCAUGUCUUACUCCUAACUGUGUUUCUAAAUUUCCUUUCUUUCUCUUUCUUUAUGUUACAGUAUUAUAAGCAAGAACGGCGACGAAGAGCUGCCAAGGACCUGCGGAAGUAUCGGAAUGGCUACCCAAACAGUCGCAAUCUUACUAAUUAUAAUGUAAUCCUCUCUUGCUCGUAUUGCCUGACCGUCUGUGACAGCUGGGAGUUGGGGAUGGGGGAAUUGAGAGAAAAUACCCUUUAAUUAAUUUUUCAAUAAUGAUCAAAUGAUUAGGAUGAGUUCUCUUGGCAUUAAACGUAUUUAAGAAUUAUUUUAAAAGUCUUUUUCUGUGUGUUUUCAGGACAAUUCAUUGUUCAGAAAGCUAAUUAAAGGAACUAUCUGGCUCUGUAUGUGGGUCCCAGGUAUGGCAGGCUGGAGACCGCUGGCUUUCGUAGCUUUCCUGCGCAUGUGUCUUGUAUCAUUUUACCAGUGUCUGAGUCCUGAGUCCACACAGAUCCAGGUAGUCGACAGGAGAUUUAAAGCACUGCCUCGCUUUAAUCUUCAUACAAAUCACUGCUGACUUAACCAUUUGUUUACAUGCUUACUUGUCACCGUUGUAAAUGAUGCUUGUUUCACUGCUUACAAAUUUAGAACUGUGUUUUUCACAGGAGCCAGAAAGAAUACAAUCUAUGUCCCUCUCAGACUGUCUGCAAGGAGACCUACAGUUUACCAUAUCAGAGUGAUUAUCUGAACUCAUACACUGUUGCAAACUCUUGUAGGCCUUUCCAGUGACAUGCAGUGCAAAUUGCAGUAAGGUCUUGGGUUAUGGAGACACUAAGCACACGGCGAGCGGGUACAAUAUUCACAGCUUGCCUUGUGAACUGUUUCAGCUCUGGCCUCAAUAUGAGCUUUAACUCUUUAUACUAUAUCCAGAGAAGUCCUCCGCCCUCACAGACUGCGUUAUUCACUGUUCUAUGAGGUCCAAUGUUUAAAUAAAAGACGGUUUCUCCCAGAUAAGUCUCUGUAAUGGCUGGAUUCAGCACUGGUCCAUAUCCUAUUCACAACAGUGUCACAGUAUCCUUAAUUACCAUUAGUGUAUCGAAAUCAAAAUUAUAUUCUGAUUAUUACUGUAAACAAGAAUAAUGAGGAAUCAAAGGAUGACUGAAAACAGGUUAAUUACAUUUACAUACAGUAGGAUUGUUUCAUUCUGAUGGUUUAUUUAAAUGAUUUGUGUUUAUGCAUGAAGGCUUCUUGUAUUUGGCUAACAACACACACACUGAUUUAUUUGUGUGUUGUUUUUUUUGUAUUUCUGUAAAGGUUUUGUAUUGGGAAUGUGAAAGGAAUACUCCAAACACCAUAACCGCUACAGCAUGUUGCAAUUUUAAUAUAUAGAUCUUCGUCUUGUAUUUAAAUGUUUAAUUAUACAACUCUUCAUAAAAGAUAGAUUUUUUUUUUUUGUAUUAGCACGUCCUAAUAUAGAAUAUAGUUCUAAAAAGAACAACAUAUUUAAUUUUUAACUCUUUACGGGGGAAUUGCUGCUUUUAUUUGGGAGAUUAGAAAGUUAGAACCAGGAUAAUUAAGUGUUUUAGAAUAUUUUGAUUCAUUGGGAUUUAUAGGAGAUUAUUGUUCUAUUAUAGAGGUGAAUAGUGAGAUGUGGACUUCUACAUUCAGGCCGCAUUCUAACAUAUCUCAGGAAUGGACAGUUUACUUCUAGCCUCAUGAUAUGUAGUUUUUACUGGGAACGCAAACUGCAAAUGAUGUGUUGUUAUCCUUGGCAAAUCAUUUCUAAUCCUAUCUCUCCAAUAGGACGAGAGCGCAAUGGAAAUGCCAAACCUCGCUUUUUAUCGGAAUGAGCGAUCUUUCAAGCCAUGCGGUGAGUACAAAACACCUGGAAAUGCUCCUGGCGUUUACAUCUUCCAUCAAAAGCAGGAAAGAUUAUGCAAAUUUUAUUUAUAUUGCUUUGCAGAACACUAAGCACGUAUAUUCCUGACACUAUAGUGGUAAAAUAACAGUUUGGGUGCCUGGUCCCAUCUCUUUACUUUAAAAAAGGGUGUUUAAACUCACCUUUUUUCAAACACCUCUCUGGUCUCGCCACAAGAGGCUCCUCCCCGCUUUGCCGUCAUGGCUCGGAUAAUCAGAUUUGACGAUCUCUGACAAACCAAUGCUUUCCCAUAGGAAAGCAUUGGGAGUCUAUUGCGCAUGUUGCAAAAUGUCGCACUGCACCAGUCAGCAUCUCCUCUUGAAUGAAUGCAUCUCUAUGGGGAUUGUUCAGCGCCUUCAGAGCGUGGAGACCCUGUACGUAGGUGCUGGACUAGGUAACACCUCUAGUGGCCAUCUGAGUGACUGCCACUAGAGGUGUUUCUAGGCAGUAAUUUAAGUGUUUACGUUAAAAAGUCUGCAUGCACAGGCUAUACAAAAUCAUAAAAACUACAUUAAGCUAUAGCUGUUCUGGUGACUACGGUGUCCCUUUAAUGUAGAGGUUUUGUUGCAAGAUGCUGUCUCUUUAUUUGGACACUGUCAGUCAUUGUUCUUAGAACACACUGAGAGACGCAUCAGACUGCCAGUCACUGCAGCUCUUUCCUCCUUUAGACCUAUUCACAGCAUGGUUACACUGAGCAUGUCCGAUUGGUGGAGAGCAAUGAUUUGCCGCAAAUUAUAUUCAAUCAAAACUGAUAGUCAUUGAAAGCUGAGCGCCUGCCCUGUGGAGACUAACCCAGCGCUAGAUUACAGAUAUAUUAUAUGGCGAUUUAUCUUUAUUUUCUAUUUAGAGCAAGGGGUAAUCCUGAAACUAAACAGAAAAGUAACACUGUAAUGUUAAAAUCUAGUUACUUUAAAUUAUUAAUAGCCAUUUCUCCAGACUAGUGUAAACUCAGUAUCAAAAAGAUGGCUGUGGCAGAGACGCAUACUCUCUAAGUGUGCCUGUGAGAGACAAACGUUUCCAGAUUGCUAUUCAUACUUUGUAAAGAAGCCUGAGUCGAGUCAGCAUCCUACAGACCAUUUUAUUAAUCAGUAUUAAUUAAUGUAACCUGCAUUAUAUUCCAUUCAUUAAUGCUACAUCCACUCUUGCUUCUAAUUAGCAUUUUUUUUAGCACAACCUCAUUUCAUUCAUUAAUUUGAACUUUAAAUUGGAAAUUUCUGAACAUUGACUCAGUCUGUCACCCAACUGCAAGAUUUCUCACUUGCAAACUUUGAAAACAAACACCCUCCCCCUCCGUGGGUCCUGUUUCUGUUAGCACAUGAUUGCUUUCAACCUGACUGUGUGUUGAAUUAAAACAUAAAUUCCAUUUUCUUUAAGUAAAACAAUAUAAAUGAAAGCCACAGUAACACACAAUCUAAACGUUGUUUCCGUAUGAGGCAAAAUUGUUGUGAACAAUCAUUGUGGACUAUGCUGGCGCUAUAUAAAUAAUCAUACAUGAACAACAAAACAGUAAAAUGGUGGCAUUGUAAGUAUAUUUAAUAUAUGUUCAAAAUAAAAUACAAAAUAACCAUUUUACCCUUUCAAUAGCGAGUGUGUCCGCUGCAAGGGAUUGAGUGUCUCAGGCACACAGAGGGUUAACGUAUGAGGAUUUAUCAUUGAUGGCACUGUGUGUCUUCAGAAUUACAUACAUUAAUUGUUCUUUAAUGAGCACAACCCGCUAUUGUAUUUUCGUUCUGUUUAUAGCUCUCUAUUUGACCUUCCUUGUCUUGUUUCUGUGUUAAAUGCAGGAGAACAAAUCGAUGUGAUACUUGAGAAAUGGAAAGAUAAUUAUGAAUUACUAGAGGAGAAUCAUUCUUACAUACAGUGGUGAGUACUUUAUACCUGCUGGCAUGGGAGGAAUUAAUCAGCGAAAACCUUUGUGAUUGGUACGAUACAGGAUAUAAAUAUAUCUAUUGUUAAAGGGAUUGAAUUUUGAAGAUCCUCUUUAUUUCAAUCAGAGGAGAGAGGGGAGGAUCAAUACAUACUGUAAACCGAUCUUUAUGAAUGAUCAUUUCUACCAAUCACUGCUCUCUAUUAGAAGCAUUUAAAGCGUUUGGCGUCGUAUUUUGAUGCAUAUGAAGACCUUUAAAGAUUGAAUAUCUUAAAGCGGCACUAUCGUGUUUUUGUUUUUUCCUUCAGAUUUCCUUUCCUAAUGCCCCCCAUUUCAUAAUGAUUACAUUACCCCUUUGCCACUUACCCGUGUGUAUGUAUAUAUAUAUAUAUAUAUAUAUAUAUAUAUAUUAUCUUUUCCCCCUUGUGCUGGACUCAGUAACUGGGGGCAGCCAUUUUGUUCACCCCUGUCCAUGAUGCCUGCAGUUUGCCUUCUCUGUGAUUGAUUUUACUCAUUGAUUGUGGGUAAAAUUGAUUGGCAACUGAAUCGGGACCUUGCUUUAAGCUGUCAGAUUUUGUCAGCAUGACUACUAUACAUGAGAAAUGCUAGUAGUCCCUAAUUUUAUUUAUCUAUUUUAUAAAAACUAGAGCGUUCAGGACAAAAAAAGGUUCAGACACAGAGCUGUGUAGAAACAGACUGGAUAAAAAGGUUCAGACACAGAGCUGUGUAGAAACAGACUGGAUAAAAAGGUUCAGACACGGAACUGUGUAGAAACAGACUGGAUAAAAAGGUUCAGACACGGAGCUGUGUAGAAACAGACUGGAUAAAGUUUAUUUUUGAAAGCUCUGGUAGCUCCCAGUCUGAUGUCACUGAACAUGUGUUGUCUGAAACAGCAGGUUUUAUUUACAUAGUAUGUGAAUAUGGCCAUCAUUAAAAUGUUAUGGUUUUGAUGCUUGGGUACAAUGCCUUGCCUAUCUUUCAAGUCUGACUAAUGAACCACGGUCCGUUCCUGCGGAUAUUUCAGAGGGAAUUGUGCCCAGUAUGUUAUUUGUAUUGGUUUCAUACUUUUUGCCUGUUGUUUAUUUUAUAUUUAAACUCUAGUCUGUCAUAGUUAGGUAACAGGUGGCAUUGCCCAUCAUAUUGCAAAUAUUAUUACAAUGUUAUAUAUUUACCUGAUUUCAUUCGGUAUACUUUGAUAUUACCGCUGUGGGUGCGUCAUCUAGAAAGUUGCUGUGCAACUAAUUGGAUCCUUGUUAACGCCUAUAUCUUUUAUUCCAGGCUUUUCCCUCUGCGCGAGCCAGGGAUGAACUGGAAAGCCAAGCCUCUAACUGUGGCUGAGAUCAAGGUACUUGUUUUAAGUCACUGACCCAUGAUGGUUGGCAUGCCUCCUGUCACUGGCUCAUUAUACUAUCUCUGCCUCCCUCUAGGAGCUGAAAGGUGAUAAGGAAGCCAUGCGCAGGUUUGUUGAGGCGUACAAACUCAUGCUCGGGUUUUACGGCAUCAAGCUUGUGAACGAGGACACCGGUGAGGUGGAUCUAGCUCAUAACUGGGAGGAUAGAUUUGAGAAUCUGGACUAGUGAGUUAAAAAGAUUCUGUAUUACUGUGUGUGCUUGGGGUAAUGCGCCCAUUGAAUGUAUAAUGGUAUCAUUCUGUCUUGUUUUCAGUCACAGCCACAACAACCUACGCAUCACUCGAAUCCUGAAGUGUUUAGGGGAGCUAGGCUUCGAGCACUACCAGGCUCCCCUAGUCAGGUUUUUCCUGAAACAAAUAUUGUGUAAGAAGCAAUUACCGAAUGUUAAAAGUAGCGCCUUGGACUAUUUCAUGUUUACCGUGAAAGACAAGAACCAACGCCGAGAAUUGGUGCACUUUGCCUGGGAGAACUAUGAUCCCCAAAAUCUUUUUAUAUGGGGCCCAAUAGAGAAGCUCAAAGAGUAUAAAAAACACAAUGAACAUGUGGCAGGAGAGGAGAGCGACCAACAGCCCGCUAGUGAGAACAAUUAUCAAAAAAAUUUCAACAUUGCAAAACAGGAGGGAAGUAAGAGCAAUGAGCCAUGCGAAGAUGAUGGGCAUAUACUAACCAGUAGCUUGGAAAAGCCAAGGGACAAUAGGAGCGAAAAGCAAGACCUCACAAAAGAAGAGAUAAGUAGUGAAAAUAUUAAGGAAAGCAAACAAGCACGUGAUGGUGGGCUCGACAACAAUUCCAUCACAAAAAAACAAAAUGGAAACCCUAGCACUGGCCAGAUCAGUAGAUUAACUAGAGGUGAAAGGGAUGUUGAUAAAGAGGUUACUGAAGAGGUUAAGCAAGAUUUAGGCUGUAGGGAGGGAGAGAAGGAAACCCCAUUUUUAAACAAUGGUGAGGCGGAGUUCAGCGGAGAGAUAGGCAAUACCGUAGAGGACAAUACACAAUAUCAACCAAAGGUAGAUCCCAGGAAAAGGAAGAUUGAUGAGGAGAAUCAGUUUGUCCCCCAAAAGGCUGAUUCAACUAGUGACGAAGAGCUCUCCUUAGAAAUGACCCAAAACUGCAAUAUAGACAACUCAUCCCCACCUGCUGAGACGGAUGACCCUAAAAGCCAGGAAGCCAUGGCAAAAAAAAGUAAAUUGGAAAAUAGUCCAUGUAAAGGUCACAUUUCGUCAGAUGAACUCUCUCAAACUGGUGGAGAUUCAGCUACAAAUGAGGAUUUGGUCAUUCCAUUUUCAAACUCAGAACCAGAUCUGCCGGAAACGACUAAUAAACAACAUGAGAACAUAAGUGAAAAUUCCCUUCAUACAGGAGACAUCUCAACAGACAAAUUACUGGAAAAGCAGGAAUUUUUAUAAGAUAAAAACACAGAAUCUGAGUUUUAUGAAGCAGAAGGUUGAUUUAAGGAUGAAAACUGGAUAAUCGGGAAUUCUGCAUAAAGUGGUUGUUAACUGCAGAGCAACAGGUGAUCGGAGAGGACAGUAAACUCCUGACUACCUUGUAUUUCUUUGAGGCUGAUGUCUACAUGUUGUGUAUCUACCUGUGACAAAGAACAUUGAGCUGUGCCACUGCUCUAUAUGUCAGAAUAUAUCCUGAUACCUGUGGCCUUUUAACCAGUCUGAUGCCAGAGCUCCCUGAAUCCUGAGCUCUCAUCGAUUUCUUUAGACAGGUGGUGGGAAGAAAAGGAGAACGUUUAAUUACCAUAAUGGUCCUUCAGGCAGAAACUCUGGAAUUAGCCUCUGUCUGGUGCUAGGUGGGAACUUCACACCAUCCAUUCAUUAUUUCAUAACUUUAUAAUUCAAUUGCUUUACUUUCUUCUUGCUAAAAUGAAAAAUAUUUGCCUUUUGAAAUGUUUACAGAGGUUUGUAUGAAAUCUUUAUGAAAUGCAGAUUGUGAUUUCUUUUUCUCUGUUUCGCUAUGAAUUUACAAUUAAACCAGCGAUUGUAGCCCUUGUGUCCUGUCUUGCAUUUAGUCACAAAGUAGUAGAUCUGUUGCAUGAGCUAUUGCUCAGGUUGGCGGG